GUUGUAUGUGAUGCCCCAGCGAAAGCUUUUGUUUUAAACGUUAAAGGCCAUAAUGCAUAUAAUGGAUGUAAUUCAUGUACAGUCGAAGGAGAUUUUAUUCAUAAUCGAAUGGCAUAUUUAGAUAUGAACGCACCUUUAAGGACAGAUCAGUCAUUUCGUACAAAAAUAGAUGAAUUUUAUCAUAAAGAUGUUAGCCCACUUGAAUACUUGCCCAUUGAUAUGACUUCUUCUGUUGUAUUAGAAUAUAUGCACAAUGUUUGUUUGGGUGUUAUGAAGAGGUUAUUGGCAUUUUGGGUAAAAGGUAACAAAUCAGUGCGUCUUGACAAUCCUGAAGUUAUUUCUGAUGAAUUAAAUAAAAUAAAAUCAUUUUUUCCUGUUGAGUUUAACCGUUUACCAAGGACUUUAGAAGAAUUUGAGUACUGGAAAGCUAGUGAAUUUAGAACAUUCCUUAUUUAUACAGGACCAAUUGUCUUAAAAGGACGAAUAAAAAACUCUUUUUAUAAACAUUUUAUGCUUUUAAGUUGUGCCAUAAGAUUGUUAAUUUCCUUUAAAACUGCAUAUACUUAUAAUAAUUUUGCUAAAAUGUUAUUAAGACAAUUUGUAACUGAAUAUUCAGUACUCUACGGUAAAGAAUAUGUAGGUUACAAUGUACAUGGCCUUAUUCAUAUUUGUGAUUUUGUGUUACUGCAUGGAAACUUGGAUGCUUUUUCUGCAUUCAAGUACGAAAAUUAUUUACAGUUUGUAAAAAAAAGUUGCAAAAAUGCUAGAUAUCCUCUUCAAGAUACGUAUAACCGUAUAAUAGAACAAAUCAAUACUACGUCAACUUGUACUGUAAAAAAAUAUCCUAUCCUCAAAAAUGAAAUAGAUUAUGAUCCUUCA